AUGGGGAGCGACACGGAGACGGAGAAGAAGAAGACCCCGGUGGCGCUGGCCCCCAUCGCCAAGCCGCUCGCCGGCAAGAAGCUCUCCAAGAAAACCCUCAAGCUCGUUCGCCGAGCCUCGGAGGCCAAGUGCCUGAAGCGCGGGGUCAAGGAGGUGGUCAAGAGCAUCCGUCGUGGGAGCAAAGGGUUGUGUGUAAUUGCCGGAAACAUCUCUCCUAUCGAUGUGAUUACACAUCUUCCCAUACUUUGUGAGGAAGCUAAUGUCCCAUACAUAUAUGUGGCAUCAAAAGAGGAGCUUGCGACUGCGGGGACCACCAAGAGGCCCACCUGCUGCGUAUUGGUGAUGACCAAGCCAGCCAAGGGGGAGAUCACUGAAGAGGUGAAGGAGAAACUGGAAUCGGAAUACAAGCAGGUUGUAUCUGAAGUUGCUGAGGCUACAUCUGCUUUGUUCUGA